UGUCUCGAGAUGAAAACCUUACAUCAAUUGUUGUGGCUAUUGAUCUCGGUAUGGCUGAUUUCAAUUCCUCUGGUAGCUCCUGAUGAAGAAGCAAAUGAUGCUAAACCAGAGGAAACCGGUGGAGAUACUGAUGGCAAACCAGCUGAAGGAAAAGACAGCAACUCUACCGAUACAGCAACUGGUGGUGGUGGUGAUGUAGGUGGUGGUGGUGGUGGUGGUGGUGGUGGUGGAGCUGCUGCAGGAAGUAGCGAGUCAAACAUCACCAAGACCGGAAUUGCUGAAGUGAACCCAAAGGAUGCCUGCAAUCCGGGAACGCCAUCGUCCAUUAAGAACAAUUUCGUCCGAAUUCUGAUUCUGUGCUACGUGUACGGAUGCGAGGAGGAGGUCACUAGCGAGCUGUCCCGGGUCUUCAACAUCUUCCACCACAUCACCGUGCAUCCGGAUAUCUUCAGCUCCGCAAAUGAAACGGAAAUAAAGCCGAAUACGCUGAACGAUAUGGCCCAGAAGACUUCCGCCCUGGAGAAGGAUCGAGUGGCGGCGCUGAUGGCUUGCACGGACUGGAUGUCCCUGCUCAACAAGCUGCUGAUCGAUAUCACCGGUUCGGAUCAAUCGUGCUUCAUCGAUCCCAGUGAAAAAUACCCCUCGGAUGAAAACCUAAGCGAAAUGAGCUGCGACGAGAUGGUGACCUAUCUGAAGCAGCUGCAUCGGCACUACGACAAACAGUGCAAAGAUGGCAGCUGCGAUGAGAAGAAGAAGGCCGCCGUCCAGUGGUUCCAUCGGGCCUACAAACAGCUGGGCAAGAAUUGCUACUACGAUGCGUACGACUAUCUGGAUUCGCCAUGAAACUAGCUUAGGUUGGGACAGGGACGAACUUCCCUUAACAAAUUAUUUCAAUUACCAAUCUAUUAGGAAGAAAGUUCAAUAAAGUAACAUUAACAACAAAC